UGUAUCCCAGUAUUGUAGGUGUGAUUACGAUUACUUUUUAAGAUUUGUUUGGUAUCCCUUAGUUAAUGGCAUGUAGAAGAGUGAUAUUAUAAUUGCACAAGGCCAACAAAAAAGAUGGAAAGUAGGGAGUUUUUGAACACUAAAGAAUUGCAGACAAAAAGCCACCCACUCAACCAUUCAAUUUGAAACUAAAAAGGAAAAAACAGAUAUCCCCCGUUUCCCCCAUCCCCACCUGACCUCAUCUCCACCAUAAACAAAUGCAUCACACACCCAUCUAAAAUUCCAUUUUCUCUCUGCACUGCACAAACAUCAUGGCCUAGCUGUUUCUUGGAUCCGGAGAUUCUGGGUCUUUUCUAUUAGUUUAUACACAAAAUUACAAUAGCCCACCCACCCACCACAAGACAUGAUUUGGGGGUUCUUCUAUUGUCUCUCCCUCCUUACCCUCUACCCUUCCUCUCUUUUGUAAUGCCUGGGAAUCCAUGGACCCUCUUAUCCUCCCUUCUCCUCUCUUUCUUCUUCGUUCUAAUUCGCUCCCCUUACGCUGCUUUCGCUGUUAACCAACAAGGUGAAGCUCUUAUCUCUUGGAAAGCCAGUUUCAAUGGAUCACCGCAGGCCUUAAGCAAUUGGGAUGCAGGGGAUGUCACCCCAUGCAACUGGUUAGGCAUCGUCUGCAAUUUUAACAACCAGGUUGUGGAACUGGAAUUGAGGUAUGUGGAUUUAUUUGGACAACUUCCGGCUAAUUUCACCUCUUUGUUAACUUUGAAUAAGCUUGUCCUCUCUGGAGCAAACCUUACUGGUCCAAUCCCAAAAGAGAUAAGCACUCUCACCCAGUUGACCCACUUGGAUUUGAGUGAAAAUGUGUUCAGUGGUGAAAUCCCAAGUGAGCUCUGCGGUUUGUAUAGGCUUCAACAACUCCAUCUCAACUCAAACCAACUCAAGGGCUCCAUCCCAAUCGAAAUUGGGAAUCUCACAAGUUUGAAAUGGCUCAUCCUAUACGAUAAUCAACUAAGCGGUGGAAUUCCCAGCACCAUAGGCAAAUUAAAAAAUCUUGAAAUGAUCAGAGCCGGUGGGAACAAGGAGCUUGAAGGCCCUCUACCACCAGCAAUAGGCAACUGCACCAGUUUGGUGAUGUUAGGCCUAGCUGAAACAAGCAUCUCGGGUUUCCUCCCUCCAACUUUAGGCCUCCUCAAGAAGCUUCAAACCAUCGCAAUCUACACCGCUUAUCUGUCAGGCCAAAUCCCCCCAGAAAUCGGGGACUGCACCGGCCUUCAGAACAUUUACUUGUAUGAAAACUCCCUGGCUGGAUCAAUACCCAGCAGCCUUGGCAAUUUGAGAAACCUUGAAAACCUGUUGCUGUGGCAGAACAACUUGGUAGGUAUCAUUCCUCCCGAGCUUGGGAACUGCAACAAGCUAUCAGUCAUCGAUGCUUCCAUGAAUUCAUUAACUGGAAGCAUUCCCCAAUCGGUUGGGAACCUGUCCUCUCUCCAAGAACUUCAGCUGAGCGUCAACCAAAUCUCGGGAGAGAUCCCUUCCACACUCGGCAACUGUCGUCAGAUGACUCACAUCGAACUUGACAACAAUCAGAUCACUGGAGCUAUACCUGGGGAGCUGGGCAACUUGACAAACUUGACGAUUCUGUUUCUAUGGCAGAACAAACUAGAAGGCAACAUUCCCGACUCCAUUUCCAAUUGCUACAACCUGGAAGCCGUUGAUUUAUCUCAAAACAGCUUAACGGGUCCUAUCCCCACUGGAAUCUUCCAGCUUAAGAAACUCAACAAACUAUUGCUUCUCUCCAAUAACCUCAUGGGGAACAUUCCGCCGGACAUAGGGAACUGCUCCUCCUUGAUCCGGUUUCGCGCUAGCAAUAACAAGAUAACCGGAUCCAUUCCUAUCCAGCUUGGGAGCUUGCAGAACUUGAAUUUCUUGGAUCUGGGUUCCAACCUAUUAACCGGAUUUAUACCCCAAGAAAUAUCCGGCUGUCGGAAUCUCACUUUUCUGGAUCUGCAUUCCAACUCUAUAGGCGGUACCUUGCCUCUCAGCUUGAGCAAGCUUAUUUCACUUCAGUUUGUUGAUUUCUCUGAUAACUUAAUCGAAGGGACACUGAGUUCGAGCCUUGGUUCACUGAGUUCACUCACUAAACUCGUUCUUGGGAAGAACCGAUUCUCUGGAUCAAUCCCGACUGAACUGGGGUUCUGUUCGAAGCUACAGUUACUAGAUUUGAGCUCAAAUCAGCUGAUGGGUAAUAUUCCGGCAACUUUAGGAAAGAUUCCGGCGCUGGAAAUCGCUCUCAAUUUGAGUUGGAACCAGCUCACCGGCGAGAUUCCGGAGGAGUUCACGUCAUUGGAUAAGCUUGCUAUUCUGGAUAUAUCCCAUAAUCAACUGGUUGGAGACCUUCAAAAUCUUGCCGGGCUGCAAAAUCUAGUUCUUCUCAACGUGUCGCAUAACAACUUCAGCGGGCGAGUGCCGGACACGCCCUUCUUCUCGAAGCUCCCACUCAACGCGCUUGCAGGGAAUCCCUCAAUCUGCUUCUCCGGCAACCAGUGUUUUGCAUACGACGGGAAAGGAGGUGGCUCCUCGUCUAAGCGCAAGGGUGCGCGCGUGGCGAUGGUGGUUUUGCUCUGCACCGCAUGUGCUCUCCUCAUGGCGGCGGUCUACAUCAUCAUCAGCUCUAAAAAGCGAAGCCGUGGUCCUCACCAUGAUUGUGACAUUGAAGGAGACGCUGACCUGGAAAUGGGCCCGCCAUGGGAGCUGACUCUAUACCAGAAACUGGACUUAUCAAUCGCCGACGUGACGAGAUCCCUGAAUGCCGGCAACAUAAUCGGCCGCGGCCGAAGUGGUGUUGUUUAUAGAGUCAUCGUUUCUUCAGGACUAACCAUCGCCGUUAAAAGGUUCCGUUCAUCGGAAAAGACAUCAGCCUCCUCGUUUUCAUCCGAAAUUGCAACGUUGGCUAGAAUCCGACACCGUAACAUCUUACGAUUACUAGGUUGGGGAGCCAACAGGAAAACAAAACUGUUGUUUUACGAUUACAUGCCCAACGGAACAUUGGGCGCGUUGUUGCACGAAGGUUGCGGAAGAGACAUGUUAGAUUGGGACAUAAGAUUCAAGAUUGCGUUAGGCCUGGCGGAAGGGUUAGCCUAUUUGCACCACGAUUGCGUGCCGGCCAUCAUACACCGAGACGUGAAGGCUCAUAAUAUUCUGCUAGGAGACCGUUACGAACCCUGCUUGGCCGAUUUUGGGCUGGCUAGAUUGGUUGAGGACGAAAACGGUGCCUCCUUCUCCGCCAACCCCGAGUUUGCGGGCUCCUUCGGUUACAUGGCACCAGAGUAUGGUUGCAUGUUAAAGAUCACGGAAAAGAGCGACGUGUAUAGCUAUGGAGUAGUGUUGCUGGAGAUGAUAACCGGGAAGAAACCGGCAGACCCAUCGUUUCCUGACGGGCACCAUGUAAUCCAAUGGGUUCGAGAUCACUUGAAAAACAAGAAGGACCCCGUAGAAAUCCUUGAUCCUAGACUCCAAGGUCAUCCAGACACUCAGAUACAAGAAAUGCUUCAAGCUCUAGGAAUCUCACUGCUCUGCACAAGCAAUCGCGCCGAUGAUCGGCCCAUAAUGAAAGAUGUUGCAGCAUUGCUAAAAGAAAUUCGACAGGAGCCUACAUCGGGGAGCGACGCCCACAAGCCGACUAGCAACUCCUCGAAAAAUACCGAAACUGCUGCUUCCUACACAUCAUCAUCAGUAGAAGUGACCCCAGCUGAAUUGCUACAACACCUCCAAGGCUCCUCUCGAUCUCAAGCCUCACUUGCUUACUCUUCUUCCUCUGCAAAUUAUUUCCCAAGAAGCCAAUAACGCAAUGCCUCUGAGUCUGUGUGGUGAAAUCAUUAAUUAAUUCCUUGUAUGUAUAAAGGUAGUAGCAGUAGAAGUGAAUUAAAGAUUUGAAUCAGAAAUAGAUGGCAGCUGAUGAUGAGUGUAUAGCAACUUGAUUGAUUGACUUCCCUUUGCGAAUGAAAGCUAGCAUUCGGGUAUAGUGUCAAA